CUAGGCCCAUCAUUUAGGUUACCUUGAAACUCCAGCAUUUGAUCGUAAUUCCGCAAUGCCAUGUGUGUACAUCUUUCCAGAUCUGUUGCAUUGAAACCCUAACCCUAAUUUCAAAGUUCUAAGCUUGAAAAUUUUCACACUAUUAAUCCUAUUUUAAGUUGACAAGAUUCAACAUGUAAGCAAGAGUUCUCAGGCCCAUCUGACAAGCUGGGAAAUUGAAAUUUUACACUUGAGUUCUGCCCUUUACAAGCUUCCUGUUGCUUCUUUCCGGAUUGGUAAAAUUGGUCAGAUUUGGCAGGGAGUGGUUGAACUUGGAUUAUUAUUCUUGUCUCAACAGUUUGUAAAUCAUUUGAGCUGCAUUAUAUAUAUAGAUGUCUGUCCAAUAUCGGCUUAGAGAUUCUCUGAUUGCACUAGAACUCAGGGAUUAGUGGCUCAAAUUCUGAGUUUAUGCAACGAAUAGUGGCUAAUUGCUACCAUUGUCUUUAGGGUUGCAAUGUUGAAUGCUAAGAAAACUGCUUGAUAAGGUUUGAAAGGGAAUUUUUCGAAGUUUUGGCAUGAAGAUUUUUCUUAUCAAUAGUUAUGAAUGGUUAAUGGUAGCAAGUUUCUGAUACUAUUUUUGUCCUUAGAUUGCUUGGGAAAAAUGUUAUGUUGAGAUACUGAGAUUUUAGGGCUAUUGAUUAAUCACCAGUGAUAUAAUUGAUAAAGAAAAUGAGGCGAGGCUAUUUUUUGAAGAACCCAAUUGCCUUUGUUUGUGUGAUGGUUUCUGUUUGCUGCUUGUUCGUAAUCAUGAUUUCAUUUCUUAGACUCCCUGUCCCUGAGGCUUCACUAGGAAAUAGAGUAAUCAAGCCUUAUAAGAAUGCUAAUAGCAGGAAGGUUUUGAAGGAUGAAGGGAUAGGAAAGUUAGGUGACAUGAUGAUUGAAAUGUCGCCAGAAGAACUUGCUUUUACAGUCUUCAUACCUUCGGAGAAAGCUUUCGAGCGAGAUUUGAGGCUACAGGUGAAUGAUAGUUCGCUAACAGAGAAGAGAACCAAUACAUAUGCAGUGGUUUCUCCACUAUUGGGUUUCUCAGCUAUUCCUCGAGCCCUCUUUUCUGAUAUGGUAUCCUCUAGUAAAGAGAUCGUUUAUGAUUCAUUAUCUGGGUUUACAUUAUACACUUCCAAGGAUGUAGAUGGAAUGCUGGAAGUUAAUAGAGUUCGAUCAGAAAGAGUUGAUCGUAGGAGAGGCCAGAUCAUUGUACAUAUCAUGGAUGGGGUAAUUGUGGAUGCUGAGUUUAAGCAAUCACUUCAACCAGCUGAAAAUGAAGAAGAUUAAUUGAAGUCACAAACACUUGCAAAAGACUGAAGAUGCAGCUGCUUCACCUGUGAAUUCUUCAUAAACUUGGAACAUGUAAGUUGAGCAAAAUAUAUUCUUGCUUGCUUGUACAUCAGAAAUUUUAGAGGGAAUUGGGGUGGCUCAGGCUGCAAUGUGAGUAAUCACUCCACAGGGAAAUACAAACUAUACCUUUUAUAUUUAAAAAUAGUGUAGUUCAAUGCAUAUAUGGUAUGGAAAAUUUGUAUGGAUAAUGUAACAAUUCUUUUAUCAAAUUCAGAUCCAAAGUUUUGAUUUUUGAA